AUGGAGCAAGGCUCCCCAUGGCUACGCCUCCGCUCUGGCCAGGUUCUGGGCCGAGCAGAGUUGCCGAGGGUGGUCUGGUCCUUCUGGGACAAGGGCAUCCAGGACCUGAGCGAGUUCCGGCAACUGUGCAUCGAGACAUGGAGGUCCAUGAACCCAGCUUGGGACAUCAAAGUCCUUGACCUCAAGUCCGUGUGGGUCUACUUGCACCCGCACGACCUGCCCAGGGAGUGGCAGGACAUGUACGUGACUUUCCAGUCGGAUGCCGUUCGCCUCGCACUUUUGGGAAGGUAUGGUGGGAUUUGGGUCGAUCCUGCCACGAUUUGCCUUCGGCCUUUUGAUACCUGGCUGUGCAAAAGCCUUCACCGUGGUCCGCGUGGCAUUGCGGCGUUCUACUUCGCCUCCUGGGGAACAGAAGUGGGACGAAGUACGGAGUAUGUCGAGAACUGGGUACUCGCAGCAAGACGAUCGCAUCCGAUGAUUCUGCGAUGGAAGGAGCUUUUCAAUUCCUACUUCGACAGCAUACGCGCAGGUCAAGGCAGCCUCGAUGUUCUGCAUUUGCCAGUCCAUCCCAUGUUCCGUCACAUCGACCUCUCGCACAUGCAGCGCUACGGCCACGACAUGCGAUCCUACCUGGUUAUGCACUCGUGCUUCAAAAAGAUGAUAGACGAGGAACCUUCAAUGCGAAGGAUAUGGCAAGAAGAGAUGGAGCUGUUCCGAGCUGAUGACCACGCAUUAUGGCACAUGGACGAGCCAGAAGUGUGCUGGGACACCGAAGCGGCUUUGGCAAAAUGGUUGGGUGAAGGAAAUGCAGCCUGGGAGGAUCACGUGCUUGCGAAGUGCCCGAUUCUGAAGUUCACCCGGACCUUCGCACAGCUUUUGGACAAGGAGCCAAGAUGCAGGUUUGUGGCUCCCGCUGACAAACGGCCAGGGCACUUGGAGGCAUGCUGCUGCCUGGGCGUGGCCUUCCGUUCAGCCUUGACUUUCGAGCCCGCAGACUGA